AGGCAGCGCGCGUUGCAGAUAGUUAUAUUUCAGUGGAGCACAGUCAGACACAGUCUGCGCUGGUGUUCCGCGCAGCUUGUGUGUGAAAAAAAAUGUGACAUCUAAAAUAACUUCAAAAUGAGUGAAGGCGAGUCCAUGUAUGGAACAACAUUAUCUCAAGAAUCUAUCAAAGUCAUAGCGGAAAGUAUUGGCGUUGGCAAUUUUCCUGAUGAAGCUGCAAAGGAACUUGCAGAAGAUGUGAGCUACAGGCUGAAAGAAAUCGUUCAGGAUGCAGCAAAAUUUAUGAGACAUGGUAAACGUAAACGAAUGACUACUUAUGAUAUUGAUCAUUCACUGAAGGUCAGGAAUAUCGAACCAACAUAUGGAUUUUAUGCCAAAGACCAUAUACCAUUCCGCUUCGCAUCAGGUGGUGGUAGAGAGUUACAUUUUGUAGAAGAGAAGGAAAUCGAUCUUAAUGAGAUUGUAUCUAUGACUGGUGGACAAGCAUGGCCCAAGCUGCCUCUGGAAAUUACAUUGCGUGCCCAUUGGUUGUGCAUUGAUGGAGUGCAACCUACUAUACCAGAAAAUCCACCACCAGUAUCAAAAGAUGUCCAAAAGCUCGAAAGCGUCGAUCCGACUACUAAACUCUCCAACAAGAACCAAAACAUUGGCGUCGGCAAACCAGGCGGUGGUGGCAAAAGUCAGAAACUGCGGAAUGUAGAAACUGUGCAUGUGAAACAGCUCGCUACGCAUGAGCUUAGUGUAGAACAACAACUUUAUUACAAGGAAAUAACUGAGGCUUGUGUCGGAUCCGAUGAGGCUCGUAGAGCCGAGGCUCUUCAGUCUCUUUCAGCGGAUCCAGGUUUACAUGAAAUGCUGGCACGUAUGUGCACUUUCAUUGCGGAAGGCGUGCGAGUUAACGUGGUUCAAAAUCAUCUUGCAUUGCUUAUCUACCUCAUGCGUAUGGUCAAAGCUCUGCUCGAAAACCCGAGUCUUUACCUGGAGAAAUAUCUUCACGAGUUGAUACCAUCAGUUGCUACCUGCAUAGUUUCUCGACAAUUAUGCAUGAAGCCGGAAGUGGACAAUCACUGGGCAUUACGAGAUUUUGCUUCCCGACUAAUGUCACAAAUAUGUAAAAAUUUUAAUACCACUACUAAUAAUGUGCAAACUAGGGUCACUCGUAUGUUUAGUCAAGCAUUAGCAAAGAACAAUCAGAUACCAUUGGCGUCGCUUUAUGGAGCAAUUGAAGGGCUCUAUGAAUUGGGUCCAGAAGUAAUCAAGUCCUUGGUUGUCCCUAAAAUUAAGUCCAUCUCUGAUCGCAUUGAAUCAUGCAUUGAAGGCCAAGGAUUAACUAACAUGGAUAAAAAUGCUGCAGGACAUAUCAAAACUUUGCUUAUAAAAUGUGUCGCUCCAGUCUUGAAAACAAUACGAUCGCCACCAGAUUACGUGGAGGAUUACAAACAGGAUUAUGGCUAUAUAGGUCCCGCGUUAUGUACAGCGGUUGCGAAAGCUCGCACACAACUGUCUGCUUUAGCAACCACUGCCGCGACAACUACAGCACUAACCACGAAUCAGCAACAAAGUUUGAAUUGUACGGGAAAAACACUUAUGCAAACAGUUCCCAGUUCCAGUCCGGGGCAGCAAACUGGCCGCACGAUCAUGCUUGGUGCUAGUAGAAGUGCUAGCGGUGCUUCCACCGCUGGUGGACAGAAAUUUGUCAUUCUACAGUCACGCUCGCAGACACCUACCGCUUCCAAUAUCAGUACCGGUACAAUUCAACAGCAGCAGCAGCAACAGCAACCGCAAACGCAGCAACAGCAACAGCAGCAACAGGUUAAAUUGGCGCAAACUAAUGUCGGUCAACAGAAGGCUCAUGUGCCGAAUUCUACGCCUAAAUUGGUUGUAGUAUGUAUGCCUGCCAGUAGCCAUACUAACACCACAUCGGUAGCGCAAACAGGUCUUACAACAAAAACGCAGAAUGUCUUUGUUGCGCAACAAAAUAUCGAAAGAUCACUCAGUCCGGAAGAAGAACAUUCGUUUCAAUAACACACAGAAUGAAAGUAAAACUUUCAAAUAUUUCUUUGUACAGCUGAUAUAUUCUUUAUAGAUUAGAUAAAUAUAUAUAUAUAUAUAUAUACAUAAACAAAAAGAUAAAUUU